AUGGCCACAACACCAGCAAACAACAGCACAGCAGCUGAGGGACAGGUCCGCCUGGCUGAUGGAAGAAACAGCUCCUGCGCCGGCAGAGUGGAGAUCUUCCACAAUGGACAGUGGGGGACAGUGUGUGACGAUGCCUGGGACCUGAAUGAUGCACAGGUGGUGUGUAGACAGCUGGGCUGCGGCAGGGCGCUGUUUGCAACAGGCACGGCAUAUUUUGGACAGGGCAGUGGACCCAUCUGGUUGGAUGAUGUUGCCUGUUCAGGAAAUGAACCAUCCAUAACCGACUGUAGACAUCUAGGCUUUGGGUCCCACAACUGUGCUCACAGUGAAGACGCUGGUGUCAUCUGUGAAGGUAAAUCAGCUGAGGGACAGGUCCGCCUGGCUAAUGGAAGAAACAGCUCCUGCGCCGGCAGAGUGGAGAUCUUCCACGAUGGACAGUGGGGGACAGUGUGUGAUGAUUACUGGGAUCUGGUUGAUGCUCAGGUGGUGUGUAGACAGCUGGGAUGUGGCAGGGUCCUGUCAGCACCACAUAGUGCACGUUUUGGACAGGGCACUGGGCCCAUCUGGUUGGAUGAUGUCAGGUGCACAGGCAGCGAAUCAAAGCUCACAGAGUGCAGACACCAGGGCUUCGGCUCCCACAACUGUGGUCAUCAAGAAGAUGCUGGCGUCGUCUGUGAAGCUGCUUCUCCGGUGAGGCUGGUCAACGGUUACUCUGACAACCGCUGUUCUGGCAGAGUGGAGGUCUACCAUGAUGACCAGUGGGGGACAGUGUGUGACGAUGCCUGGGGCCUGAAUGAUGCACAGGUGGUGUGUAGACAGCUGGGCUGCGGCAGGGCGCUGUCUGCAACAAGCACGGCAUAUUUUGGACAGGGCAGUGGACCCAUCUGGUUGGAUGAUGUUGCCUGUUCAGGAAAUGAGCCAUCCAUAACCGACUGUAGACAUCUAGGCUUUGGGUCCCACAACUGUGCUCACAGUGAAGAUGCUGGUGUCAUCUGUGAAGUUCAACCAACAGUCAACAGUACAGUUGCUCCAAGUACACCACUACCCACCAGAAACAACACUCAGGUGAUGAGCAGCACCAUGGCCGCAACACCAGCAGACAACAGCACAGCAGCUGAGGGACAGGUCCGCCUGGCUGAUGGAAGAAACAGCUCCUGCGCCGGCAGAGUGGAGAUCUUCCACGAUGGACAGUGGGGGACGGUGUGUGAUGAUUACUGGGAUCUGGUUGAUGCUCAGGUGGUGUGUAGACAGCUGGGAUGUGGCAGGGUCCUGUCAGCACCACAUAGUGCACGUUUUGGACAGGGCACUGGGCCCAUCUGGUUGGAUGAUGUCAGGUGCACAGGCAGCGAAUCAAAGCUCACAGAGUGCAGACACCAGGGCUUCGGCUCCCACAACUGUGGUCAUCAAGAAGAUGCUGGCGUCGUCUGUGAAGCUGCUUCUCCGGUGAGGCUGGUCAACGGUUACUCUGACAACCGCUGUUCUGGCAGAGUGGAGGUCUACCAUGAUGACCAGUGGGGGACAGUGUGUGACGAUGCCUGGGACCUGAAUGAUGCACAGGUGGUGUGUAGACAGCUGGGCUGCGGCAGGGCGCUGUCUGCAACAAGCACGGCAUAUUUUGGACAGGGCAGUGGUCCCAUCUGGUUGGAUGAUGUUGCCUGUUCAGGAAAUGAACCAUCCAUAACCGACUGUAGACAUCUAGGCUUUGGGUCCCACAACUGUGCUCACAGUGAAGAUGCUGGUGUCAUCUGUGAAGUUCAACCAACAGUCAACAGUACAGUUGCUCCAAGUACACCACUACCCACCAGAAACAACACUCAGGUGAUGAGCAGCACCAUGGCCGCAACACCAGCAGACAACAGCACAGCAGCUGAGGGACAGGUCCGCCUGGCUGAUGGAAGAAACAGCUCCUGCGCCGGCAGAGUGGAGAUCUUCCACGAUGGACAGUGGGGGACGGUGUGUGAUGAUUACUGGGAUCUGGUUGAUGCUCAGGUGGUGUGUAGACAGCUGGGAUGUGGCAGGGUCCUGUCAGCACCACAUAGUGCACGUUUUGGACAGGGCACUGGGCCCAUCUGGUUGGAUGAUGUCAGGUGCACAGGCAGCGAAUCAAAGCUCACAGAGUGCAGACACCAGGGCUUCGGCUCCCACAACUGUGGUCAUCAAGAAGAUGCUGGCGUCGUCUGUGAAGCUGCUUCUCCGGUGAGGCUGGUCAACGGUUACUCUGACAACCGCUGUUCUGGCAGAGUGGAGGUCUACCAUGAUGACCAGUGGGGGACAGUGUGUGACGAUGCCUGGGGCCUGAAUGAUGCACAGGUGGUGUGCAGACAGCUGGGCUGCGGCAGGGUGCUGUCUGCAACAAACGCGGCAUAUUUUGGACAGGGCAGUGGACCCAUCUGGUUGGAUGAUGUUGCCUGUUCAGGAAAUGAGCCAUCCAUAACCGACUGUAGACAUCUAGGCUUUGGGUCCCACAACUGUGCUCACAGUGAAGACGCUGGUGUCAUCUGUGAAGUUCAACCAACAGUCAACAGUACAGUUGCUCCAAGUACACCACUACCCACCAGAAACAACACUCAGGUGAUGAGCAGCACCAUGGCCGCAACACCAGCAGACAGCAGCACAGCAGCUGAGGGACAGGUCCGCCUGGCUGAUGGAAGAAACAGCUCCUGCGCCGGCAGAGUGGAGAUCUUCCACGAUGGACAGUGGGGGACGGUGUGUGAUGAUUACUGGGAUCUGGUUGAUGCUCAGGUGGUGUGUAGACAGCUGGGAUGUGGCAGGGUCCUGUCAGCACCACAUAGUGCACGUUUUGGACAGGGCACUGGGCCCAUCUGGUUGGAUGAUGUCAGGUGCACAGGCAGCGAAUCAAAGCUCACAGAGUGCAGACACCAGGGCUUCGGCUCCCACAACUGUGGUCAUCAAGAAGAUGCUGGCGUUGUCUGUGAAGCUGCUUCUCCGGUGAGGCUGGUCAACGGUUACUCUGACAACCGCUGUUCUGGCAGAGUGGAGGUCUACCAUGAUGACCAGUGGGGGACAGUGUGUGACGAUGCCUGGGACCUGAAUGAUGCACAGGUGGUGUGUAGACAGCUGGGCUGCGGCAGGGCGCUGUCUGCAACAAGCACGGCAUAUUUUGGACAGGGCAGUGGUCCCAUCUGGUUGGAUGAUGUUGCCUGUUCAGGAAAUGAACCAUCCAUAACCGACUGUAGACAUCUAGGCUUUGGGUCCCACAACUGUGCUCACAGUGAAGACGCUGGUGUCAUCUGUGAAGUCCACCGUCCUCAGCCGCAGGCUCCUCAGCUUGUUUGUGGCCGUGAUCUCAUUGAAGUCGGUCUGAGCUUGGCUAGCUUUGAAUCCUCUGGUCUGAAUGCAUUCUCUGGUCACCUGGCGGACCGGCGUUGUUCUGACUUCAGGCUUCAUAACGAAACAGUGUGGUACCAAGUGGAGCGCCGCGCAGACACGUGUGGAAACAUCCUGACGACCAACAGCACCCAUGCCAUCUACUCAAACAGUUUAUUUCUAUACUCUGUUAACAAUGUGUCCCUGGUCCCUCCUGAGAGUUUUCCCUUCCACUGUGCCUAUCCUCUGGACAUUGAGACCAGCUUGGAUGUUGCUAUCAACCCGAAAUAUUUCUGCAUAUCAUUGUUUCUUGACAGGCUUGCAGGUGGCAUCUCAGGAUUGGGCAGCAAAGCCAGAGCCUCCAUGUCUCUGUUCCGCAACUCCAACUAUACAGAGUCUUACCCAGCAGGCCGAGUCACCCUGCCACUGGGAUCCACCCUGCACGUGGGUGUGUCUGUGCAGGAGGGUGAUCCGAGCUUUGUGGUUGUUCUGGAGGACUGCUAUGCCACUCACUCCCCGAAUCCUGAUGACCCUCUGCGAUAUGCACUCAUUAGGAACAGGUGUCCUGCUGACCGUGGACAGGUGACGGUGGAUGAGAGUGGUUUGUCCCGCCAGGCUCGUUUCUCUGCUCUCCUUUUCCUGUUUGCGAACAACAGCCAGGACAUUUUCCUUCACUGCAGCCUCAGUCUGUGUGACCAGAGGAGAACCUCCUGCGCUCCUGUUUGCACAAGGAGGGUGUACCGUUCUGUUUCCAGAUCUGAACCCCUCAAGCCUCUCACCAUUGGACCAAUCUCCUGGGACAAGUCACCAGAGUGAGCCAGAAGAAAACUGAGACACAUCCCAUCUUGUAAUGAUAUUGUUUUGCUUUCAGAUGUCUUUUGAUUCACAAAGCAACAGAAAAUAUCAAGUAGCUGAUAUUACACUGUAUGAUUAAUUCUCAUCCUCUUUUGUAUCAUUUCUGUUAGAAUGUCUGUAAAUAUUCCUUG